AUGGAUGAGGAUCCGAUCGACAUCGGUCUUCGAGACCGCCACCGGUCUGUGCAUCGGGGAGUUGAGCUAGGACAGUAUCGACGAAGUAAAGACACCCGAGGCCAUGAGACAAUCGUGGACGCAGACAGCUUGCUUGGUCAAUUCUCUUUUGCUCCGGCCACACAAACCACUGUUGUCACUACAACCACGACUACUACCACCAAAUUCCCCCCUUUCCUUAUGCGUCCGCCGCGCCAGAUGAAAGACUUGGACCUCAAGCAAUAUCCUUUGGCAGCUAGCCCCACACCGGCCAGCUUGAAGAAGAUACAUUUCGAAAUAGAUGGGAAGCACACGAUAUUUCGCGAAGCCGAAGACACGACGCUUGCAUUAGAGGAGUCACAAGGGCAGCAACGAACUCUUCGAAAUGCCAAUGGGGUGCUCGAAACCGUGGAGACCUUUCCACCCUUCAUCGACGUCCCCUCGGCAGGCUCAAAAUUUACUUCCGCCCGACGGAGAGCGCAGAAAAGACCGGCUUCUCCAGAAUCUAUUACUGACAGCGAAGACCUCGCGCAAUCGCAGGAACCUUCAUUUACGUCAAGUCGUGCUGGAUCGUCAAUGAGAUAUCGUCCCGAAUCAGUCAUAUCAAACUCCUUCUACCAAUCCGUCAACCCAAUCACUCCAAACAGCAUGCCGAAAUCUUGCAACGCAUCCCGUGCAGUCAAUGUGCGAGAGCCGCGAAAGCGUGCCCGUUCAGCAAGAAGCAGGAAUACGCUUCUACCCUCGCCAAACAUGGGUCAGCAACCGGCUUUUCCAGACGCCCAACCAUCAUCGCCAAAGCCCAGGCAUUUUCAUCCCUCGGAACUGGAGAAGGCAACGGCCUCUUCCGUUGAUUACUCCCAUCUCGGGCGGACGAGUCACCGAGACAUCUCACAGGAUACAGCAGUGCCCACGCCACCUAUAAUUGAGGAUACUGAAUCGUCUUCAGCAAGGCCUUUAAGUAGGCGUGCAUUAUCGUCGGUACCAGCUCGGUUGCAUGUCGCGGAAAGUCCAUCAGCACAGGACGGUAGUCUUCCUAGUCCGAGUCUCUCUCCUGUCACAGCUGCCGCAACUUUGCAGAAUGCUGGAUACUUUGCCGAUAUCGACUCAAACUCGGAGAUUGCCUCGCAGCAUGACGGGAUAUACAGAGCUCUUGGACUAGAACGACCGUCACCCAAUCCUUUGGGCUCCUCUCAAAUCACCGAUACGCGCUCUCGUCAUGGUUCUCGCAAGCCCUCUCGAUUUGUCAGCCGCUCAGUCGCAGAAAUUCCAGCAAUGCUCGACUAUUUUGAAGCCAUCCCGGAUGAACUUAAGGGCUACGUUAUGCACCAGUUACUGCGCCGGUGUCCCAAGCCUACACUUCAAGUCGUUGCAGACACCGUCAACCCUGCCCUGAAGUGCGAUUUUCUUUCCCUUCUUCCACCCGAACUGGCUCUCAACAUCCUCAAAUAUCUUGAUGUUAAGAGUCUGUGCAGGGCAGCACAGGUGUCAAGAAAAUGGCGGCAGAUUGUCAACAGUGAUGAAAGAGCCUGGAAAGAAUUAUUUGAUGCAGACGGCUUUACGCUACCGGAAGGAGAAUUGCAGCAAGCUAUUGCCGAAGGCUGGGGUUGGCAAGAUCCCUCUGGUCCGGGUGAAUACGAAGAGAACGUUGCCGAUGCCCACUCCGUCAAAUACGAAACAAACCCCAACGCCUAUUCGCUCGCGGCAGAGGCCCACAAUAGGCAUAGUGCAAUCCUUCCGUCGAAACGAAAAGCCUCCGCGAUGCUAUCGAAUAACAAACAGGCCAAACGUGUGAAGUCCGAGUCACGGGAAACCUCGGUUGACGUCACUUCUUUUGCCUCGUGCAAUGACAUCUCCGCAGCAGACGGGCCGUAUAAUGCGGCACACUCGGCAAUGAUGGCGGUUCCCCAACCGGACAUCGGUUUGCCGAGUCUAACGGGUCUACAUCUCUACAAAUCCCUUUAUCGGAGACACUUUCUUAUUCGAAGAAAUUGGAUGUUCGAAGAUGCGCGACCUCGACAUAUUGCGUUUCGCGCGCAUGAUAGCCACGUGGUUACUUGUCUCCAAUUUGAUCCUGACAAGAUCGUGACAGGGAGUGAUGAUAACAACAUCAACGUCUACGAGACCAAGACCGGCAUCUUAAGGGCGACUCUGACGGGACACGAAGGUGGGGUUUGGGCUUUGCAAUACGAGGGAAACACUCUUGUUUCAGGGUCGACUGAUAGGUCAGUACGCGUCUGGAAUAUUGAAGAAGCACGUGAGACUCAAGUCUUCCGUGGGCACACCUCAACGGUACGAUGCCUGCAAAUCGUGUCCCCCGUCCGAGUCGGAGAAAAUGCAGAAGGGAAGCCCGUCAUGAUGCCCAAACAGCCACUGAUCAUCACGGGGUCUCGCGACUCCACGUUGCGAGUGUGGAAGCUUCCUCGGCCGGAAGAUCCAGUAUUCAUCCAAGCUGAAAACGAAGUUGAUGCAGAUGAUUGUCCUUACUUUGUACGGACCUUGUCCGGUCAUCAGCAUUCCGUACGUGCAAUUGCUGCUUACGCUGACACCUUGGUAAGCGGAAGCUAUGAUUGCACCGUUCGUGUCUGGAGGAUAUCCACAGGCGAGACUAUCUAUCGUCUGCAGGGCCACACACAGAAGGUCUACAGCGUUGUCCUCGACCAUAAACGGAACCGCUGUGUAAGUGGCUCGAUGGACAACAUGGUGCGAAUUUGGGAUCUCAACACCGGCUCCCUCAAAUAUAGCCUGGAGGGGCACACAUCGUUGGUUGGCUUGCUUGACUUGAACUGCGACAUACUCGUGUCCGCAGCAGCCGACUCCACCCUCCGAAUAUGGGACCCAGAGACUGGACAGUGGAAGGCUACUCUGAGCGCACAUACAGGUGCUAUCACCUGCUUCAAACAUGACGGCCAGAAAGUCAUAUCCGGCUCCGACAGGACUUUGAAGUUGUGGAACAUCAAAACCGGCGAAUGUGUCAAGGACCUCCUGUCCGGUCUCAGUGGCGUGUGGCAGGUCCGAUUCAACGAGAGACGCUGCGUUGCAGCAGUGCAGCGAGAUGGAUUGACAUUCAUAGAGGUUCUAGACUAUGGCGCCGCCCGUGAUGGCGUCCCUGAUUACAAUCUGGGUCGACGGAUCGUAGUCAACACUGAUGGGAUAGAAGUCAAUCACGACGGUGGAUAUUUGGAUCUGGACGGCACUGUUGAUUCAUGA